AAUAAUACGCCACCCAUGGCGUUUAGUAAACAGUUUGAGAUGAAGCUGGCCGGUGUAGUAUUAUUGAUUUUGACAUGGUUGAACUUCCAAACAGCUGAUUGUAAGCAUUUAAGACGCUACGAACCGAACUGGAAGAGUUUGGAUAAAAGACCGCUGCCAAAAUGGUAUGACCACGCCAAAAUUGGCAUCUUUCUACAUUGGGGCGUCUUCUCCGUACCCAGUUUCGGAUCCGAAUGGUUCUGGGCGGAUUGGAAAGUGAAAGACAAGGAAUUCGUUGAGUUCAUGGAAAAAAAUUACCCGCCCAAUUUUUCCUAUCAGGAGUUUGCGAAGGAAUUUACCGCCGAAUUUUUCAACGCGACUCAAUGGGCGCAAAUUUUUGAAAAAUCAGGAGCAAGAUACGUUGUUUUAACAAGCAAACACCAUGAGGGAUUCACGUUGUGGCCUUCGAAGUAUUCAUACAGUUGGAACGCUAAAGACAUCGGUCCACACAGAGAUCUCCUCGGUGAUUUGGGACAAGCGGUAAAAAAGCAAGGUUUGGAAUUCGGAGUGUAUCAUUCACUUUACGAGUGGUUCAACCCGAUGUACAGAUCGGACAAGGGCAACAAUUUUACAACUCAAGAGUUCGUGAACAAUAAAAUAUUACCGGAAAUGAAGGAACUAAUUAACACGUAUCAUCCGUCGGUUUUGUGGUCGGAUGGUGAUUGGGAAGCCAAAGAUUCCUACUGGAGGUCGACCGAGUUUCUGGCUUGGCUUUAUAACGAUAGUCCCGUUAAAGACAGAAUCGUCGUCAACGAUCGUUGGGGUAUUGAUAUUCCUUGUAAACAUGGCGAUUUCUAUUCUUGUGCUGACAGAUAUAACCCAGGAACUUUGCAACAUCACAAAUGGGAGAACGCAAUGACAAUCGACAAAGAGUCGUGGGGUUUCAGGAGAAACGCUAAACUUUCAGACUAUUUCACCACUCAUGAACUACUUGAAGUUUUAGCAUCAACAGUCAGUUGCGGCGGAAAUCUUUUGAUGAACGUCGGACCAACGAAAGACGGCAUAAUUGCCCCCAUUUUCGAGGAAAGACUCUUGGACAUGGGCAAGUGGUUGGAAAUCAACGGAGAAGCAAUUUAUGGCAGCAAGCCGUGGACUUACCAAAACGACACCACACAACCCGGUGUGUGGUAUACCCAGAAGGGCUCAUCAGUAUACGCCAUUGUUCUGCAAUGGCCCACUGAUAAUGUUUUGGAAGUUUCCUCACCCGUUGAGUUGUUCACCAGUAACGCUACACCGGUAUAUAUGCUUGGAAGCGAUGGAGGAAAAUUGAAGUGGGCAAUCGAGGAAGCCACAGUUUCAAUCAAGUUCCCUGACAAAGCAACGGUCCAAGGAGAACAUGCUUGGGUUUUAAAAAUUGUUACGUGAUUUCAUUAAUAAAUUUGUUUUAUUUAUUAUAAAUGGGUAAUAAAAAUAAUAAAACACAAACAUUUUAAUAUAA